AUGUACAUGUAUGCUACUUGUGUUGUGCCAAAACUUACACCUUUUUCUUUCAAUACGUUGUCGGUCUUCAAACUGCCUGUCAUAAUUUUUAUAAAAUUGAAUUUUUUGAAAAUGGUUCAACCUUCUGGAAAAUACUUAAGCAUGAUGAGAACGGCUCGUCUCUGUGCUACAGCUUGUGGUGCAGAUGUUACAGAUCCUAAUUUUCGUAUCAAUAUUUUGACAGUUUUCGUUAUGAUCUGUAUUGUUGUGUAUUUUGUAUUUACGAUCUAUACUGUGCAGUUGAAAUUUUCUGAAAGCUGGGGAAUACUUUUAGAAUCAUUUUGUAUGGUCGGUAGCAUUCUUCAGGGAGUUGCCAAACUAAUUGGAGGCAUAUUCUAUUCAAAAAUAUUAUGUAAUACAAAUAUUGAAUUGUGUAAAAUCUAUGAAGACUUUGAAGGCAAAAAUGAAAGUUGUGUUGAAGUUUUAAAUAAAUGUUUGGAGAAAAUAAAAUUUCUGCUAAUAUUUAUGGGUAUACUAUACAUUAUUAUUUUUGGUUGGCUUUUCGUUGCACCAUUGAUUAUGUACUUAUUUAAUGGCCGACGUUAUCUGUUAAUGCAAUUCUAUUUCCCCUUAUUGGAUUUGGAAACUAAUUUUGGAUAUUUUACCACGAUAAGCAUGCAAGCAGUUAUCUUAGCUUUUGGCGGUUUUGGCAAUUACGCUGGAGACUUACUUUUUAUUAUAAACAACAUGCAUGUAACACUUUUUUCGGAUCUUCUUAAAAUUAAAGUUGAAGAACUCAAUGCAAUUGCUGAUAAACUUGAUCAAAGAAAUGAUGCAGAAACAGGAAUGAUGUUAAAUGAUGUUAUAGAAUGGCAUCAAAAGUAUUCUCAGUACGCAAAGACAAGCAACUCCACCUGCUUUUGGGUCAUUUUUACUGAAGUAGCAACUUCCUCAUUGUCGAUUGUUCUAACUCUUUUCAUAUUGAUGACGGGAGACUGGCCAGGAUCAUAUUCCUAUAUGUUUCUAGAAUUUGGUACACUAUAUCUUUAUUGCGGGAUGGGCACUUUGGUCGAAAUAACUAAUGACGAGUUCUGUGAUGAAAUCUAUGGAAUUCACUGGUAUAACCUGGCAGUAUCGCAACAAAAAAGCAUUUUAAUAAUGUUAAUGAAAUCACAAGAUCCAGAUUUGCUUACAGUUGGCGGUGUUAUGCCACUAUCAGUAAAUUCAGCUCUACAGAUUACUAAGUCAGUGUACAGCAUUUUGAUGAUGAUUGUCAACUUCGUCGAUUAAAAAAACAUUAAACCCUUCAAAAAUUGAAGGCAACCAUAAUAAACCAAAAUAUUCAAAAAUGAAACAAUUUAAGGCUAUGCAAAGACAUUUUAAAGUGUGCUUCAUAAAUUCGAUUCGAAGCCAGUAAAAUGCACUUAUUCUUAUUAAACCAGCUUGAAUCUUUAAAACUGUCUAUUAAAAUAAGUUGUAAUGUAAAUUUAGAUGAA